UUCUCGGUUUUGCUAUUCAAUGCAAGCCUUCAUUUGGCAGACACUGGGAAGAGGACGGAACGGUUUGAUCCAAACUUUCCUCAAUCCGUGGUGAAUAGACAUAUAAUUGGACUCGACCCAAAACCUAAUACGUCUUGGAUGUGCACCGAUUUUUCGAUGCAUCUCUAGAAGAAUCGAAUCGUGUAAAGUUGAUUAAAUUUGUUUGAAAUCUUUGAAGAACUUCAAAGAAUUUCGACUGAGGACAAGGCAACCAAAUCAUACAAUGGACGCACCUUGGAACAUUGUCAGAAUCUCAAUAUUCUUGUACUGUCUGGUGUCCACCUUGAGCCUCGCCAGAAGGUCUGAUGUUAAUCUCAUGACUAUGAUCAAAGAGAGCAUUCCCAUCAGAGAACAUGAUUCGGGACAGGCAGUAAACUGUGGAAAAGUACCAAUUAAUGUCACAUGGUCUCCAAAGGAUUUAUCACCAUCCAAAGGAGUAACUAUUUCACUUGACUAUAUAGUUCCCUAUGACUGGAGCGCUGGUUGGUUCAAUGUCAGCCUGUACGACGGAGAAGGUCAACUCUUCUUUGGUUAUUCAGACGACAUCAACUGUGAUAUGAUCAAGCAAUACGUCCCUUGCCCCUUGAGGAAGGGAAUGCAUGUCAACCUACGUCAUACUAUCACCGACCUAAACGCUCUACGAGACUACCCAGGAGACUACAGCGGGACCGGCCAGGUAUGGACCGCACAGCGACAGCAAAUGUUUUGUGUCAAUAUGACUGUCAAAGUGUUACACAACAGCCUCUAUGUGGAUAACUAGUUUCUUACUACGUACACCUACUGUUAACAUGACUCUUUUUAAACUCUGUUGUUUCGAUUGAGUCUUAUGAAUGCACAUUUACAGUGAAGUGUCAGCGUAUGGCAAGAAUUUGUCACGUAAUAUUAAAGACCUAAAAUAGUAAAA